AUGACUGAAGCUGACAUUAAGAAUAAAAUUAAAAGUAUCCGCACCAUGUAUAGGAGGGAAUUACUUUUAAUCAUUAAAUCUAAGAAGAGUGGUGCUGCACCCGACGAUGUUUAUAAGCCGAGACUGAAUUGGUUUAAUCAAGCGGAUUCGUUUUUGAGGGCCGUAACAGUUGCAAGAGAAAGCAUAUCAAGUUCAGAUAUCAACGAAAUUGCUGGGGGAGACGUUGAAUCAACUAUCGAGGCGACAUCGCCAAUUUCAGAAUCAAUUGAUACAAGUGAAUUUGUUCGACCCAGCACCUCUCAAGCACCAGCACCACAAGUAUUUCAAGCAUCAUUUCGCAAACGCAAAAAAGACGUUAUCAACGAGAGAAUCCAUAAGUUACAUAAAAUAUCCAGUUCCAAGGAUCAGGAAUUAGACGAAUUCGAUUAUUUCGGAAAAUUUGUCACUGCACAGCUACGAAAAAUGCCUGAAUAUGACGCCAUAUUGUGCCAGGAAGAAAUGCACGGUAUUAUGAGGAAGUAUAGGAUACGUUUGCUUUCUGGAUCUUUAAAUAGUUCACCUUCCGUGUCUGAAUCAGAGCAUAGUGAAACGACUACACAUUCUCCAGCACCUCCUCAAAUAUAUAUAAAAAAUGAAAUAGAAUAG